AGAGUUUUUGAGCAAGUAUUAUGAAGGCGUGAAGAAUGCCAAUCCCGGACUGAAAAUACUGGUUCGAGAAGCGGAACACAUCUCUCCAAAAUGUUAUGCCCGAUACGAGUACGGCAAAGAGGCUGGGGUUUCACUAGUCCAGAAUACCGCAGAAGAGGUGAUAGAAAAGUUCAAAGAACUAAACCGUGUUUA